AUGCUUGUACCUAAGUACCCUUUCCUUAUACUCGGAAACAAUGAGUUUGCUUAUCCGAAGGAGCCCUGCGUCAGCAUCACAGAAGAUCAACAGAUAUGUAACCAUGUCGAAUGGCAACCCCUUCAACCCUCAACCGACUGUAUGGCUCAAGUAAUAACACAACAAAAGGAUCCAGUGAACUGUCUUCGAGUCACCGCAUCAUUCAACGACACCUUGAUUCAACAAAUUAAACAAAAUACUUGGAUAGUUGUCUUUAGAAAAGAAACCGUAGCGAAAACAAAAUGCAACGGAGAAACUCAGUAUCAACGCUUAAAAGGAGUUAAUCUCAUAACUAUUAACGACCAAUGUGUUAUAAGAAUAGGAGACCACACAUUAAAAUCACACGAAAGAUAUAUAAAAAUUAAAGAAACCAUACCAUUACCUAAGCUACAACUUCCGAACCCAUCGGAUACUAUUAUAGAACUCAGAAAUAUUGAUCUAGACAAUAUUAAUACUUUACUAAAUAAAGCAAAAGUAUUAGAUACCAACACUAUUUUAGAAAAACAGCGAAUUAUUGGAAGCAAGCCUAGUUGGUCCACUAUUCUAUUAUAUAUAAUACUCCUUAUAGCAGUAAUCGGCUACAUUGUGAACAGAGCAGUACAAAGGUUCUGGAAACAGAAGCAAUUCACCCCACGUGAAGAAAUACCCCUUCAAGAGGCUCACGAGAUCAGGGUUGACGCUGCAGAUGCACCCCAACCCCAACCACCGGUACGCCUCAUUCUUCGGGCGGAGGAGUUACGUAACCGCAACUAG